AUGUCAAUUAAUGAAAAACUUUCUUUCGUAGGGGACGUUCCACCUACUGUUGCUUGCACAUCCGAUACAUCAACACAAAGCAGAGAUGUCGCAGAAAUUGAUGAAAAUGCCCCGAGCUUUCAAAAGGAACAAUCAGUAUCCAAUGGUUUCGAGAACCUUCAGUUAGAUUUAAAAAUCUGGGUAAAGUACGGUGACAGCCAGCCAACAUUGAUUCUCUUUGAGGGAGAGAUUGUAGACGACUUGAAAAAAGUGGUCAAGAAGAAAUUGUCACCCAAGUUAGAUGACGUGACAGUUGAUGAUAUUAUUGUAAGAAGACAUGAUGAAGAAGAUGACUUGCGUCCUGGGUUAGUGGUGGAUGGAAGUUUUAUAAAUGAUGAUGAAACACCUUUACAAGUUAUUGCAAGGACACCUACGACGUUAAAACGUAAACAUGAAGAGCCAGGAGAUUUCGAGAAGAUUGUGGAUAUUGCAAUAGAGAAAGCAUUGUCUCGACAAAAGCCUGCUGAGAUGAUACGAGUAUCAAAUCUUUCGGAUACAAAAGCAAGAGAUAUAAUUGAUCGUUAUGAAUUAAAAUUUUUUCAACCAUUCUUAUGGAGUACGGAAAUUAGUGAAGAUCACCAGAAGUCCGAAGUUGUGAAUUGGUUUAAGAAAGCAUUGGAUCUACCAAGAGAUUUCCACAUAAAGGAUAUACAUAAACAAAGUUAUCAACGACAGUUACAAACUGCUAAUGCCAUUUUAACGGGUGGUGCUUGUAUUUCUAUUGGACCAAGUGAUACCUCCUGUAUCUGGAUUGAAACUAAGAAAAAUAAGGAAAAGUUUAAACGGGGUCAAGCUAUCGGAGAAUUACUAAUAAUGGAUAAUGAAUAUGCGCCAAGAUCUUUGUCUGUCUUAACUGAUUGCAAUGACAAUUGGAUUAUUUUCUUUUUUUUGGAAGUAGAAAAUCAGGAACAUUAUUUAGCAUCAUCUACAAUUAAUGAUCGCAGUAUUGCUCUGGGAAUAAUUAAACAGUUUGUACUUGAUGAAGGAAAACCUUUUCUCAGGGCUCUUGGAAAAAAUAUUACAUAUGAAGUAAACUUACCAGAACCACUUAAAAAGAGAUCAAAGUUUCUUUCAUCUAUACCAGAAGUGGAUGAUGAAAGAAUGGCCGAUGUGAUUGAUGAUAUGACAGAAAAAGAAUUAUAUAACAUGACAAUGCGCAAGAGAUUAAAAUUAGCGAAAAAUAUUGUUAGAAUAGAGGAACAACCAAUUAUAGAUCAACUUAUUAGACAAUUUAGUGACGAUUAUGAAAAUCCAACAUCAUAA